AUGUCUUCACCUAGUGCCGGCAAGCGUCGUAUGGACACAGAUGUGAUAAAACUCAUAGAAAGCAAACAUGAGGUUACUCUCUUAAAUGGCUUGAACGAGUUUUGUGUAAAACUUUAUGGACCACGUGGUACUCCUUAUGAAGGUGGCCUAUGGAAAGUCCGUGUUCACCUUCCUGAACAUUAUCCAUUUAAAUCACCUUCAAUUGGUUUUAUUAAUAAAAUUUACCAUCCAAAUAUUGAUGAAGUGUCUGGCACUGUUUGUCUUGAUGUUAUUAACCAAGCUUGGACUGCUUUAUAUGAUUUGCUUAAUAUUUUUGAGUCGUUUUUGCCCCAGUUACUGGCAUAUCCCAAUCCAAUAGAUCCAUUAAAUGGUGAUGCUGCAGCCUUGUAUUUGCAUAAACCCGAACAAUAUAAAAAACGUGUUGAAGAGUACGUAAAGAAGUAUGCUACAGAAGAAGCGCUCAAAGAUGAUGGAAAUGCUGGUUCUGAUAGUGAUGAAUCAUCUAUGUCAGAGUUUAGCGAAAGUGAAGCACAAGACAUGGAGCUAUAG